AUGAAAGGAUGUUCGUUGGAGAUUCAAGAGACGCCUGACCGUGGCCGAGGACUUUUUGCCUUGCGCAAGCCCACAGGCAAGCCUGCUAUGCUUUUCUCAGAAGCUCCUCUUGGACGUGUUGUCCAAAUGUCGAAGAGUUCUCGCAGAAGGGGUGGUGCCUGCUUCUUGUGCGGUCAUGCCUUGGGUAGUCCUGCCUGGCAGCUAAGCCUCCUUACGAAGGGUGAUAUAUCCUUGGGCCAUGAGCAGCAGCCACUGUCCGAACCACUGUCUGACAUCGUUGAGGGCAAACCAUUGUUUUGGAAAAGGAAGCCUUUGUUUUGUAGUUCUCAGUGCAAUGUCGAGUACGAACGCAUACUUGGUCCUUUGCGUGCCCGGCGCAAGUCAGCACAAAAGUUUGCACAAUAUGUCCGGAAAGUGGACUGUGCUUUCCACAUGCUAGCCUUGAAACUGAUUUGUUGGUGCCUUGCGGAAGCCAAGAGAACGACUCCAGCAGAAGCGGCUGCCCCUUUGCAAGUGCUAUGCUGCAGGCCCUACUGGGAUGCCGUGGAUAUGCCAUCCGAACAUCUGGGAGACAAUGUAACCUUUAAAGAAAAACUGCGAAAUGAGGCUGAAAAGGCCCGACAGUUAGCUUUGAAGGCCUUGGGAGGCAGAGCUGCCCUGCCACAUGACUGGAACUUUCUCAAUGAGACCGGAUAUGCCAAUCUACUGGGAGCACUCUGCAGCAAUUGCACAGUGGUUCUUUACAUGUCUCCGGUGCUACAACAUAUUCUCCAAGUUACCAGCAUGACAGACUGCGCUGCCAAAGCAGCCGCCCUCGCUGCACUGGAACCGCCUAUCCGAUCUUUGAUCGCUUCACAGACUUCCAAGAUCGGCACACAGCAGGCCCGGACUGGACAUGUGAGAGAUCAGGAGAUUUCAUGGGAGACUCCCAGUGGUCGUUUGUCUUUCUCCUCAUCGAUCAUCCCUCCCUUUAAAGGGUAUGCCAUCUACCCUCGCAUGGCUUUCAUGAAUCAUUCCUGCAGACCAACCUGUGCAAUUGAAUUUGACUACACUGCCCAGAUCUUUGUGCUACAGCAGCCAUACAAUGACAUGGACAAAGGCACAGAGCUCACAAUUUCGUACCUCGACUCAUCAUUGGAUGCCCAGGCUGAUUUGAUUGCUAUGGGGAGAAAGCGCAGACGGCAGGAGCUCCUUCCCUAUGGAAUAGAAUGCUCUUGUCACUUGGAAUCGGUUUACUACUUUCAUAUACUUUUGCUUCAUAACUACUGUAGCUGA